AUGAGACUUUCAAUAGCGCGCUCGCCUGAUCACUUCAAGAACUCGCUCUGGAGCGGCCGCAGACAGUCCCAACAGCCGCCUGGUUUCGUUGCGUUCGGUGACUCGUAUAGUGCCGGCAUCGGUACCGGCGUUGACGGCGUCGAGGACGACUGCAGGCUAGGAUCCCACGCAUAUCCAGUCUUGAUCUUCACCGACCUGGCUGAUAGCCAAGUCCCAGGAAUAGUAACCUUCCAGUUCUUGUCUUGCACCGGGUCGACCACCAGCAAUGUUCUGUCGGGCGGCGAUCACAGCCAGGUUGACAAAUUCAACAAGUCGAUCAAUGCCGACUUCGCGGUACUCUCUAUCGGAGGCAACGACCUGGGCUUUUUCUCCGUUAUGAAUGCUUGCAUAUUCCGCUUUUACAGCUUCAACUCUGGCAGUUGCGAGACAGCACUGCAAUAUGUAACCGACCAGAUCGAGAGUUCGGAUUUCGCGCAGCGGCUGGAGAUGGUCAUCAUGGAGAUACUGGACACGGUGCAGUGGGAGAAGCGGCCGUGGUUCAUCAUUACCGUGACCGGCUAUGCUCGAUUCUUCAGCGUAGAGACUGAUGAGUGCGACAAUUGUACUCUUGGUGUCUGGUGGCAGGGACCAAAACUCAAGAAGGACGUACGUCAGAGGAUGAACGAUAUGGUCGUGGCAGUCAAUGGGAAAUUGAGGAGUUCCAUCGAAGCCGUCAACUCAAGGUUUACGACCCCAAAGGUUCUGUUCGUCGACUACGACGCCAAGUUCGAAGGGCAUCGUUUCUGCGAACCAGGCGUCAUGGAACCAGCGUACAACAGGACAGAGACUUGGUUCUUCCUCGUCGGAGGUAAAGAUAACAACCCAAAUGUAACGGAUCCGACGCCGGCCCCGAAUCGCACGAUAGUGGGCACCGAGGGUAGUGCGAGUAGCAAGACCUUGUCUCCAUUGUCACCACUCGCGGACCCGGAGACAUGUCUGGGCCCGGCCGAGAGAUCAGGAGACUGGGGCCUGCUGGCUCUGUGUUACAUGGCGAGGGCUAAACGCGACUACCCAUUACUGCAAUUUGCCGCGGAGGAUGUCAUGAUUCAGAAUUCCAUGUGCCGGUCCUGA